UUUGCAACGGAGGGAGAGAGACAGCCUUGUAGCCUCUCUUGAAUGGCGUAUAGCAGUGGUCCAACGUUCUUUCCCCUCUGGUAGCACACGUAAUGUGCUGGUGAAAGUUCGGCAUGACUUUUUUUAGGUUUGCCCUGUUAAAGUCCCCAGCCACCACCACAGCCGCGUCGGGAUACUUGUUCUGAUGCCGACAUAACACAUCGUGUAGGUCCGAUAGUGCUACGUCGGUGUCCGCUUGUGGUGGUAUGUAGACGGCUGUGGUGAUGACCGAGCUGAACUCCCGGGGAAGGUAGAAUGGACGGCAUGAGAUCGUCAGAUGUUCCAGGUUCGGCGAGUGUGUGUGCGUGUGUGUGUGUGUGUGUGUGUGUGUGUGUGUGUGUGUGUGUGUGUGCAUGUGUGUGUGUCCUUCAGGAGGAGGACCAGCAGGAGAUCAAAACCUGCUCCUGUGACUGUGAGUCUGGCGCCCCGCCGACCGCCGGCCCACAGGCCCCGCCCACCUCGCUGCUGCCGGCGGCCCCGCCCCCUCUGGGUCAACCGGUGCAGUGCAUGCCAGAAUGUCCGUACCACAGAGCUCUGGGCUUUGAGUCCGGGUCCAUGGAUUCAGACCAGAUCAGCUGCUCCAGUCAGGACCAGUACGUGGGCUGGUACUCCUCCUGGACCCCCUCCAGGGCCCGCCUCAACAACGAGGGCUUCGGGUGCGCCUGGCUCUCCAAGUUCAACGACCUUCAUCAGUGGAUCCAGGUGGACCUGGAGGUCGUUGCCGUGGUUUCCGGCAUCCUGACUCAGGGCCGCUGUGACGCCGACGAGUGGAUCACCAAGUACAGCGUCCAGUACCGCUCGGUGGAGACGCUCAACUGGAUCUACUACAAGGACCAGAGCGGCAACAACCGGGUCUUCUACGGGAACUCGGACCGCUCCACGGUCCAGAACCUGCUGCGCCCCCCCAUCGUGGCCCGCUACGUCCGCCUGCUGCCGCUGGGCUGGCACACCCGCAUCGGCGUGAGGCUGGAGCUGCUCAUGUGCAUGAACAAGUGUCCCUGAAGGCACCACAGCCCCCUCACUGCCCCCAGCUGACAGCCUGCUGCCGCUCAAAUAAAUACAUCACGUAACUCGUUGCAUACCAGUGGUGGAAAAGUACUUCUACACGAAGUAUAUUUUACUAUAUUCUUUAGGUAUUUUACUUAAAAUGUUUACAUGUUACUGUAGUUCUCUUCCAGAGUAAAUAUUUUACUUUUUAAUCUAUUUCGGUACAUCAAAGAUAUUGUACUUUUUUACUGUAUUACAUCUGAGGUAAAUAUUGUACUUUUACUAUAUUACGGAACAUCACAGAUACAUUUUGUACAUCUCCGAGGUAAAUAUUGUACUUGUUACUCCACUACAUCUGAUGUACAUCUUGUACUUGUUACUGAACUACAUCUGAUGUACAUAUUGUACUUCUAACUCCUCCACAGAUCAGAUAUUGUACUUUUUACUCCUCAUUUUUCGGACAGUUUUAGUUUCUUUCAGCUGCAAAGACGACAACCGACAUCAAAAUGACACAAACACCAACAAUGAGUUUGUUUUCUCACUGCAGUAAAAGUCGGACUCGUCUU